AUGAAUCGCUGCUGGGCGCUCUUCCUGUCUCUCUGCUGCUACCUGCGUCUGGUCAGCGCCGAGGGGGACCCCAUUCCUGAGGAGCUCUACGAGAUGCUGAGUGACCACUCGAUCCGCUCCUUCGAUGACCUCCAGCGGCUGCUGCACGGAGACUCCGUAGAUGAAGACGGAGCCGAGUUGGACCUGAAUUUGACCCGGUCCCAUUCUGGAGGCGAGCCCGAGAGCUUGUCCCGAGGGAGAAGGAGCCUUGAUUCCUCCACGGUCGCCGAGCCAGCCAUGAUUGCCGAGUGCAAGAUCCGCACGGAGGUGUUCAAGAUCUCCCGGAGCCUCAUCGACCGCAGCAACGCCAACUACCUGGUGUGGCCGCCCUGCGUGGAGGUGCAGCGCUGCUCCGGCUGCUGCAACAACCACAGGGUGCAGUGCCGCCCCACCCAGGUGCAGCUGCGGCACGUCCAGGUGAGGAAGAUUGAGAUGGUGCAGAAGAGGCUGAUCUUUAAGAAGGCCACAGUGACCCUGGAGGACCACCUGGCCUGCAGGUGUGAGACAGUGGUUCCUGCACGACCCGUGGCCCGCACCACAGGGAGCUCCCAGGAGCAGCGAGCAGCCAAGACGCCCCAAACUCGGGUGACGGUUCGAACGGUGCGAGUCCGCAGGCCCCCCAAGGGGAAGCACAGGAAGUUCAAGCACACGCAUGACAAGAAGGCGCUGAAGGAGACCCUGGGAGCCUAG